AGGUGGGAAGUGACUUAUUUCCCUCUUAUACAUGGUCACCCCACCCAUUGUAGCACAGCCCAACCUGACACACAAGUGGUGGAUCUGUGUGAUGAUGAAUGCACGCACAUGUGUAAGGGUAACUUCAUCAGGGGUCUAGCUUCACACACAACAGACCAAGCAGCCAAGCCCCCUUUUAGUAACCGACUUGUGAUGCAUUGUCUCGGGCCGGGUAAGGAAGAACAAUCAUCUCACCCCUUUGUGCAGCCUGUAUUUAUUAUAUAAGAAUAUUCUAAUUCAACUCCCACUGUGGCCUGGAGCCAGGACUUUGACGAUUGCCCCAGAGUCCUCCCCUCUGCUUGGGGCUCGGCCAACAAUUCAACAUUCACUGAAAGAAGUUCAGGGAAGUUCAGAGCAGUUUUGGGUAGGACAGAGCUGCGAGCAGAGUUAUGGCGCUGACAAAACAUUCACGAAUCACCCUUAAUGAUGGACACAAGAUACCGGUGGUUGGACUGGGCACCUAUGCCCCCGAGGAGUUUUCCAAGUCUCUGGUAGAAAAGGCUGUGAAAGUUGCUCUUGAGGUCGGGUAUCGACACAUUGACUCUGCAUUCAUAUACGGCAAUGAGGUUGAGGUUGGUCGAGCUAUCAAUGCCAAGAUCGCGGACGGGACGGUCAAGAGAGAAGACGUUUUCUAUACUAGUAAGCUCUGGAACAACUCUCAGUCCCCGGAGUUGGUCCGUCCGGCCCUUGAGAGGUCCUUGAGGGAUGUGAAACUGGAUUACGUGGAUCUCUAUCUAAUUCACACUCCCAUGGAGUAUAAGCCCGGUGACGAUCCACACCCAACAGAUGAAAAUGGAAAAGUGAUUUAUCACAAUACUGAUAUUCGAGACACUUGGAAGGCUAUGGAGGACUGUAAAGAAGCCGGGUUGGUGAAAUCUAUCGGUGUCUCCAACUUCAACCACAAACAAAUCGAGCUCAUCCUCAACAUGCCGGGACUGAGAUACAAACCUGUGUGCAACCAGGUGGAGUGUCAUCUCUACCUGAAUCAGUCUAAGCUGCUGGAGUUCUGCAAGUCACACAACAUAGUCCUGGAGGCGUAUGGGGUGUUGGGCUCUACUCGGGAUCCGAACUGGAUUGAUCAGACUGCUCCGAUCCUACUGGAUGACCCUGUGCUCAAUGCAAUUGCUAAAAAACAUGGCCGAACUCCUGCCCAAGUGGCAAUGAGACACAUGCUGCAGAGGGGGAUAGUGGUUCUUGCUAAGAGUUUAAAGGCAGAAAGGAUCAAGGAGAAUCUUGAGGUUUUCGGGUUUGAGUUGAGUGACGAAGAAAUAAAAACUCUGAACGGACUGAACCAAAACAGACGCUACGUGGAAUUUAAAGAGAACUGCGUGGCUGAACAGUUCUCUCUUUCCCUUCCCUGCACACAUCUUUAUGAACAAUGCAAGAAAGGAACAGGAGAAAGGCCAAUCACCAUGCAGCCUCCUGUUACACCAAAGACAAUUCUGGAACCUGGACAAGUGAAUAACCAUGGGAGCUCAGUUUCUGGAAAACAUUUCUCAGUUUCUUCUUCUUCUUCUCAGAGGCCUCAUCCAUCAUCUCCACUUGGUGUCCCCGAUGUUCUCCGGCCAAACUGCAGGACACACAGAUACAAGCAGCGUCCUCAGUGCAGUAAUAUUCCAGGACCUUCUGAUGGACAGAACAUUUCCUGUUCUCCAGAGAAGUUCUGGGCUCAGAUAAGACGUGUUCUGGUGACUUGUUGUGAACUCUCAGAUGUUUAUCACACAGAGAAGCCUCACAGUGCAGACAGGACUUCACAGCAGGGACAGGAGAGUCCACACAUGGCUGCUUUGGAGACUUUACUCGACACUCAGGACAGGAAUAAAUUCCAGACUGGUCCUGUGUAUCCAGCACACGAUCAAUACAGACCCGGCAGAAGUUGUGUCCACAUCUCAAGGUUACAGGAUUUGUAUAAAGGUUCAGACAGAUGGAACAGUCCAGCUCGUCUCUCAGACCAGCAGACGCCAUGGCUUACACUACUUAGAAGGAAGAAAACCAAAUGUGACCUAUGUUACUGGCAGCAGGGUUGUUCACUGAAAAAUGUGCCAGUAGGCUUAAAGCAAAGGCAGCAGGAACUAGUGACUAAGAGCCUGGGUAGAAACUGCCCUGUGGAUCCCCAAAAAGAGAAAAGGAUCCAAAUUACCCUGAACGAUGGGCACAAGAUUCCGGUUGUUGGCCUGGGCACCUAUGCCCCGCCGGAGCUCUGGAGCACCUUUCAGUCCCCGGAGUUGGUCCGUCCGGCUCUUGAGAGAUCCUUGAAGGAUCUACAGCUGGAUUACCUGGAUCUCUUUAUUAUUCACAGUCCCUUGGAGUUCAAGCCCGGUGACGAUCCACACCCAACAGAUGAAAACGGAAAAGUGAUUUAUCACAAUACUGAUAUACGAGACACCUGGAAGGCUAUGGAGGACUGUAAAGAAGCCGGGCUGGUGAAAUCUAUCGGUGUCUCCAACUUCAACCACAAACAAAUCGAGCUCAUCCUCAACAUGUCGGGACUGAGAUACAAACCUGUGUGCAACCAGGUGGAGUGUCACCUCUACUUGAGUCAGUCUAAGCUACUGAAGUUCUGCAAGUCACACAACAUAGUCCUGGUAGCAUAUGGAGUACUGGGCUCCCCUCGUGGUAUGGAUUGGAUUGACCCAACUGCUCCUGUCCUACUGGAGGACCUUGUACUCAAUGCAAUUGCCCAAAAACAUGGCCGAACUCCUGCCCAAGUAGCAAUGAGACACAUGCUGCAGAGGGGCAUAGUCGUACUUGCCAAGAGUUUUCAGCCAGAGAGGAUCAAGAAGAAUCUUCAGGUAUUUGAUUUUGAGUUGAGCGAGGAAGAAGUAAAAGCUCUGAAUGGACAGAACCUGAACAAACGCUACGUGGACAUCUCCAAAUUUGCAGAUCACCCGAAAUAUCCAUUCCAUGAAGAAUAUUAAACUCCUUUGAAGUAUGGGAACAUUUUUUCUUCUGUCCAAAAAUAAUAAAGAAAAGUACUAGUCAAAAUAAGAGUCUGCGCACAGGCCACAAACCUACUGGAAGAUAGAGAUUGAACUCAAUAAAUAGAAUCUGAUACAACAAAACUUGCUUCAUUACAAAAGAUUUAACAUAUUAAAGAUUAUACUGACCUGAAAAUCAAAGGAUUCGUCAUGUUACACUGCUCUGUGCCUCAUCUUUCUCGUCCAGCUCGUCCUUCUUUAUUUCUAUCUGCUAGAUCAGAUCAGAGACUGACAGUGACGUCUGCUCCUCCUGCCUGGAGAUCUCACUCGGGACCCUCCUCUCCAGGUCGUCCAGCCGUCUCCUCAUGUCUAUAACCAGGACAGACAUUCUUUUGGCUUCUAGAGUUGAUUUCUCUUGUAGUCCUUUCCAAUAUUCAUCAAGGCCUUGGAACUUUAUUCUCUGUAUCAUCUUUCAAGAUGUUCAGUUUCUGAAUACAUUUUCAGUCUCUUCCUCGUUUGUUCUCUAAGUUAUUAUGGCAGAAGAGAAAUGAAAGCAUUAUAUAAGCAAUGGAACAUUGAUUCAAGUCUCCUAGUAGAACAAAAAAGUUAAUUUCAUAAACCAGCUAAUCCAUUUUUAUUUCUAUCUGCUGGAUCAGAUCUGAGACUGACAGUGACGUCUGCUCCUCCUGCCUGGAGAUCCCACUCAGGACCCUCUUCUGCAGGUCGUCCAGCCAUCUUGUGAGGUCUAUGAACAGGGCAGUGACUCUCUGCUUCUCAAGUGGAUUUUUCUUGUGGUCUUCUCCUAUAUUUCUCAAGACCCUAGAACCUUAUCAGUAUAAUCUCUUGAAAUGGUCAGUUUCUGGAAAAAGUUCUCCUUUCUCCCAUAUGAUUAAGUUGGGGGGGGAAAAAAAGAUCGCAACAACACAAAUGUUACGUUUUUCUAUAAAACAAUAUUUUUAUUGUCAAGCAGAAGAAAGAUAGAAAAAUCAGGAGGCACUCACGUUCAGAAGGUGGAUCACGGCUUCUUUAUUGUAGAUGCGGCAGUCUGCUGACAGCGGCGUGGGACGCCGGAGCAGUGGGAGUAACACUGAGUGACAAUUGUUUCACGCCCCUCCGGGCGUUUCUUCAGACAGACAAUAUUUUUAUUGUGAAAUAAUAAAAAAUAAAUAAAA